AUGGAAGAAAAGCCACUGGUGCCAGACCAGAAGCUGGUUCAAAAACCUGAUCAGAAACCUGACCAGAAAUCUGAUCAAAAACAAAAUCGUACCAUUCCCACCAUUCUUCAGGUAUCGCGGCCCUUCUUUACCUUUGCAGAGCUUUCCUACCUCCAUGGCAACACAAUUCCAGAGAAUAGAAAGUUGGCUUAUAACCAGCGGAAGCACCAGGUGUUCCAGUUUUUGUUUCAGAUAGUACGCAUCAUGAAGUUUCCCUUGCGUACAUUGAGCACCGCCAUGAGUUACUAUCAAAGGUAUUAUCUCUUCAACAUGUUCGAGGAGCCAAAAGAUCAGAACCCAGACAACGACCCCAUUGUUGAGUUCGAAAAGGAUCCAUAUAUGGUGGCAUACACCUGUAUCUUCCUUGCCACCAAACAUGAGGACUGUAUCAAGAAACUUAAGGAUAUUCAAACGGUCGCCAAUAAGCUUCGAGACAUUGACCAAGACAGCCGAACCUUUGCAAAGACAUCCUCAGCAAUCACGUUAUUUGAGGUUCAGCGGAAAGUUAUAAUGAGCUUGGAGUUCAAGCUUCUUCAGGUGUUGAAGUUUGAUUUCUUGAAUGGUGCAUCCACUAUUCCAUCCAUCGAGUCCUUGGUUGUUAUCUUCUCAAAGCAGCUAGGACUUGACUACAACUACACGCUUUUUGGGUGGCUCGUCUCUUUCGACAUACUGUCUACACCACUUCCGCUAGUGGUGCCUCCUCAUUGCAUAGCAUUGGCCAUCGUGAUCAUCACUCUCAAUCUCAAACCUACAGACAUCAGAUCCAAGUAUGGGGAAAAGUCCGACAACUCAGAUUUCAGCGAUAUUUUGGAUAAUUUGGACUGUUUGGCUGACUUCAAGUGCCCUGAAGCCUUGGUCAACGAAGCCAUUGUCUAUAUCUUGGACUACUAUGUGCAUCAAAUGAAUUUCCUGAUUUUGAAUGAAUACAUGCCAGCCACCAACCUGGAGUCUGGAAAAGAGCAGAUCUUUAAGUUCAUGGACCUCAAGUCUAGAUUCAACGACCUCAAAGUUCUCAGUGAGGCGUCAGUAUCAACUCAGGGACUUCUCAAACAGGAUAAUUACUUGCGUAAAUGGGACUACACCGUUGGUAGCAAGGGUGCUGCCCGAUUCAUGAUAAGCAACAAGAGGAGACGUUUCGAUGCUGAAUAUGUUAUUUUACGUCCACCUAAAUAG